GAAGAAUUAAUGAUGAAUAAGCGAGAUGAUGAGACUGUUGUUUCCAUCCCUGAAAAAAGAAUAAGUGAGGAAAUAUAUUAUUAUUCUGAAGAAACUUCUACUCCCGAGCCCUUAAAAGAGUUAAUAGCUGAGGAAGUUAUAUCAGGCGUUCCUCUUGAAAUACCUGAGCCACACGACGAAGAAAUGAGUAGAACAGAAGAGCUUCCCGUUCACAACCAUGAUUACAAAGAACAGUUAUUUCUUAAUUUUAGAAAUGAAAUUGCUAACCGGAUUGAUAAAGAUGUAAAAUGUCGGAAACGCGAACAGAAUGACGAGAAGAAAUAUAUAUUUGAAGUUAGGACUAAACGUAUAAGCAAAAAACAUAAACCAAAAUUAAGAAAUAAGGAACCAAAACUAAAUUAUGAAUAUUUCGAAACAGACACUUCUGUUCGAAAUUGUUCUCUGUCUGAUUUAUUACCAUCCUUUGUGACACCGAAACCGGAAGGUGAUCCCAAAUUAAACAAAAGGCUAGAAACGGUUCCGAAAAAAGAGACUAGAGUCAUCGAAGGUUUUAUUUUCAAUGAAGCCAAAAAAGAUAAAAACGUCUAUAUCCACGAAACAAACAAGCAAAGUCGAUACGUCCAAACAAUUCCGGAACAAUUAAGCAUUCGUAGUAAAGAAUGGAUGAGAUCGCAUCCUCCAGGAGGCAUCCAAAAGGAAGAUUUUAAAUCCGUGUUUUCAAAUAGACGGAAUAAUGUACACGAAUCGUUAAAUCUGUCGAGAAUUCGUGAGUGUUUACAGCCAGAAUCUAAAACUUAUGCCAAAGAUGAGCGAGCUUUUCCAAAUAGAUAUGAUGAGAAAUGUAGGCGUAAACCAUUUAUUUCAACGGAUCCGCCAUUUCUGAAAGUUGGCAGUGAUAAAUGUGUUCUUAUGGCUAGACAAAGAAGAGAACAAAAAUCAGGAAAAAAUGUCCGAUUUUCUACCAUGUCAAACGAUAAAUGUAAAGUUGAUAAAUAAUUGAUAAUUCAUAAUAAUUUAUACGCGAUUUGAUAAUUUGAAAUACCGUAUAUAAUUUUAAAAAAUUUCUGUAAAAUAAAU